AUGAAUUCAUUUUUUGUAUUGUGUUUGUUGGGAUUAAUACUCAAUGUGAGUAGUCACGUUGCACAUGCCCAAGUCAGGCAAGACUCACCAAGUGAUUAUGUAAAUGCUCACAAUGCAGAAAGAUCAAAGAUUUUUACUUUCAAACCCUCAAACCUUGUUUGGGACAACAAAAUUGCUACUUUUGCACAAAACUAUGCAAAUCAACGCAAGGAUUGUAAAUUGAUCCCCUCGGGCAGCCGUUACGGAGAAAAUCUCCUGGUGACGGCCAGCUUCAUCAGUGGCGCCGAUGCAGUGAAAUUGUGGGUGGCCGAGGGACCUCACUAUAAUCACUAUUUUAACAAAUGUGAUGGUGGUGAUUGUAGUCAUUAUACUCAGGUGAUGUGGGAAGAUUCAAAACGUGUUGGAUGUGGUAAAGUUACAUGUGAUAAUGGAGGAACAUUCGUUACAUGCAAUUAUGACCCUCCUGGCAACAUUCCUGGCCAAACACCAUUCUAAGUGCUUUAUUGUUCUUAAUGUUUUUAAAUUUUACAAUAAGCUUUAUGUUAGUUCAUCAUAUGUAAC